AUGCCUUCGAAACGGACGACGAAGGCUGCCGUGGAUGUCACGCUUCCGGAUGACCUCUCAACGGACCCGAUCACCACGCUGUCUCCUGAUGGGGAUGGGGCUGAGAAGCAAGGAUCGGACAUCACGAUUAACGCUCCGUCAGCCACAAACAUUGCUGCUGGGAUCAUCAAGGAAUCGGCCACUACGGCUGCUGCUGUUGUUGGUGGAUCUAGGCUGACUGUGGAAGAGAAGAGUCAGGACAAUCAGGCUCCUACCACCGUGAAUGACGAGUUCCUGGAAGAUGAUGAGGAUGAAGAGCUGGAAAUCGACAUCGCCAAGGAAGAUGCUUUCCGUCUACGCUAUACUGCAAUCUUACUCAUUCCAAUGGUGCUUUCACAAGAGAUUAAGGCCAUCAUUGCUGCAGUCCGACUUCUAAUGACGAAAGUCUGGAGCUCGUCCUUGACAGAGAAUGCUGGGGUUACGGCGAACAUACAAGAGAUGACACCUGGUUUCGUUGCGAAGACGCGUUUCCGCCGGCUUCAGAUCUCCUUCCUGGAUGAACGGGAUGCGCAUCACAUCAAGUUUCACGUUUUUGAGUACCAGAAGGCGAAUGCUCCGGUGAUCAAGUGCAUCUGGCAGCAUACGGAGGAUGCUACAUACCUUAAGGAGAAAGCAGCUCGUCCUCUUGCUAUUGAAGUGAUUUUCCGCCGUGUGCCUGCUAACAUUGUUCCAGAUGUUUUGAAGGACCUGCUCGUUCGCUUCAAGCUGAAGAUGCGUAAGCAGUCGGCUUUCAAGGAAGGAGUUGGUUUCCACCGGGUUGCUCACCCACUCACCGGAGCUGAUACCGAUGUGAUCAAAGGCUUGGUCGUUCAGCAUCCUGCUGCUUCUCUGCGCACCUCCGCUCUUGUCACCCCCAUACUAAAAGACCCGUCCAUUGCUCUCAUCUCGACCGGCAGCAACCGCGAAGAAUGGAUCUACACGCAAGUGUGCUGCGGGAAAUCGAAGGGAAAAACUUUCUUGGCUGCUGCGGAUCACAUCAUAUCUGCGACUCACCUGCUGAACCAGGAGAAGUUGGGUACUGCUACAAAAGCCUCUAUGGACAAGACCAACCUUGCCGAUCUGAAGAAAGGUUACAACUUCUAA